AUGUCUCUUCUAAAUUUCAGGAUUGUCUAUCAAAGUUUGUAUCCAGGAAUUCCAGAAGCAAUACAAACAGACGAAAGCUGGCUACAAGAUUUGUCUGGUCAAAAGAAGUUGCAACAAAAAUGGAUAAUUAAUCCAGAAGAGUCAAAAUUAAAAAUUUUGUAUGAGCUAGAGUUUAAGGAUGACUUCUUCAAACUGUUUGAACCUUCUCUGAGGACACUGCCCAGAGUUGGACCACCAUCCAUUCUUGCAUACAAACCAGAGAUUUCUACUACCGACUUUCGAUUCAAGGAUGAAGAAGAGGAUAUACCACCUCAGUGUGAAUAUUGUGGGAAUGAUCUAAAAACAUUCCUUUCCAAUCUUGACUAUAGUGAUGUUGAACCAGUAAAACAAGACUACUGUUGUGAUCAUUUCCAAAAUCUAGUUGAAUAUAUUACUGUUGAAAAAGUCAAGAGUGCUUGUCCUGAUUUACUCAACAUCACUCCUCAUGUGGCUUAUGGAAGUGAAGUUGAUCGACUCAAAGCAAAGGAAAAAGCUUUGCAGAGAAGACACGAGCAACAAAUGGCCAAAAGCCUUACAAUAAUGACAUAUGAUGAGCCUGGUUUCUCUGAAGAAGAUUCAAGGCACUUAAAAACGAUUUCUUAUCAACUAUCUAUGGAUGUUCCAGAAAAGAAGCCAGCUGUUGACAAAGUAUUUGAUUUUCAGCUAGAGCUCAAGAACUUACCCAUUGUUUGUUGUGAUUCUAGGGUAGCAUGUGGAAAGGUAAUUAGAAACGAGCUCUUAGAGAAGAACUACAAACACGGGAGCAAGUUUCUGACGUCAUUUCCUGAUGGAUCCACACAAAUAUUCUAUCCAUCUGGAAACCUAGCCAUUAUCCGAGUGCCCAACAAGGUCAAGGGCUUCACCUGUAUAAUCCAAGAAGACAGUAUCACCAAACCCGCCAUCCUGGCACUGCUGGAUUCCUCUGGCAGAAUUUCCUGCUAUCACCCUAAUGGAAAUAUCUGGGUCUGCAUCAAUAUCUUAGGAGGUCAAUGUUUAGAUCAAGCAGGCAACAGAAUAAGGACUUGGAAUUGGUCAAGCUCUGUUGCUUCUACACCCUUUGUUAUAUUUAAACCAGUCUUUCUGGCUUUGAACCACUAUGUUGGAGUUCGAAUCUUAGAACAAGACAAAAUUUUCAUCCGUUUUCUAGCAAUGGGACAACAAGCAAAAAUUAGUGUUGGAACCAAAGUGAAGCUACCAAAGCCUGAAGAGAUUCCAGUCCUUCGAUAUCUGAGUGGGGAAGAUCUUCUUCUGCUGGCCAGCUUAAUUAGGAUUCGCUGUCUGUUUCAUAAACUGGAAGGAUGUGUGAAUUUUCCCUCAAGCCAAGCUUGGAGUAAAAUAAAGCAACCUUCCUAUCUUUCUUCAUUGUCUCAAAAACUAAUUGCCCUCUGUCACAAUUCUGGUAUAAGGCAAGAUAAAAUGGCAACAAUAACACAUCUAAUA